UUUGGCUGUUUUGAAGGUUUCUCAGUCAGGAAAGAAAUUGUCCAGUUAAAGGAACUUAAUCAUGUGCCUAGCUGGUGUGUCGAUUUAUUUAUGUUGAAGGGGCAUGGGAUCUGGAAAAGGAGCCUGUUCGGCUUGAACUGUUUGGCUUGUCUUUUCAAGCAGAUAUAAAGGACCAAGGGAAGGUGCCUUUUACAUUAACUUGCUAUUGGCUGCUACGCUGUUGAUGUGUAUCCAGGUACAGAUCCCGCCCUACAGCUGGCAGGUUUUGACAGGGAGCUUUUCACAUGUGAAUCAUCAGAUUAUUAAUAGGAAACUUGAAAGAGGGAGGAGAAAGGAAGAGUCUCUUUGGCUUAUACUUAUUGAAAGUUUCACUGCAACAAUCAGCCCUUCAGUAUUCGCAAGAGGCAUGAGCGCAGCACCUGUUAGAGGAUCAGUGCAGUGAUAUCUGCAAGUGGGUUUGCCUUCCAGCACAAAGCUGACAGUACCUGUUUCCACAGCAAGUAGCUUGCACUGUCACAUCUGAAGCCUGAGGAUAGAAGACACAGAGUACACGUGUGUGUUCACACGUGUGUGUGUGUGUGUGUGUGUGUGUGUGUGUGUGUGUGUGUGUGGACGUGAUGAAAAUGGACAUGGAAGAUGUGGAUAUGACGCAGUGGACGGAGGCCGAGUUUGAAGAGAACUGCACCUACAUUGUAUAUGACCAAACUUGGGACCCCACCACCGACGCCAGCCAAACUCAUGCUCAAGCCACCCUACCACGGAAUCUGAAGUUCAAGUAUGCACAUGGCUCAAGUGAGGUGAUUGGAGUUUUGAGCGCAGAAUAUAUCCCAAAAGGGACGCGAUUUGGGCCACUUGUGGGUGAAAUCUAUACCAGUGAAACAGUCCCAAAGAAUGCAAACAGAAAAUACUUUUGGAGGGUGUACUCAGGUGGUGAUUUUCAUCACUUUGUCGAUGGCUUUGACGAGAGCAAAAGUAACUGGAUGCGAUACGUGAACCCAACCCGUUCGAAGCAAGAGCAAUGCCUGGCAGCCUGUCAAAAUGGGAUGGACAUCUACUUCUACACAGUGAAGCCUAUCCCAGCUAACGAAGAGCUGCUGGUCUGGUACAGCAGCGAAUUUGCAGAACGACUUCACUACCCAGGUUCAGAUGAUCUGAUGAUGAUCAAGCUAAAGUGCAUCAACCUGCCGAAAUUCGAGGAACUGGAGGGAAAACGGCAGCAUAGCCCAGGAGACCGACACAAUGAACAAAGAGGAAAAGGGUACGUGACUGAAGAGGACAGCAUCAUGAAGCCUGACAACAUGAUGCGCAGAAGCCACAAUGGUGAGGAAAAUACCAUGAAGGAAAAGCACCGAGUAAUGACAGUCCAACCAUUGAUGGCUCCUGGAAAAGAAAUGGAGGACAUCAGCAAAAAGCAUAGUCCAGAACGAACCUUCUUCCCCCGUGUUGUGUACCCCGUUAGACCGCAUGUUCCAGAAGACUACAUGAAGCCCAGUCCAGUCUACGGGAUUGAGAAGCACAGUUACAUCAAACACUCUCCGCUGCAGUCUUCAGUCGCCUCCAGUCCGUCAUCUCGAAGCAGCCCAGACCAGAGCUUAAAAAGCUUAACACCACAUAGCAGCCCAGAAUCCCACAUCUCCCCCUUAACGCCUUCAACAGAGGAACACAAGCAAGCUUUUCCAUACUUGACUGGACCGUACAACCGAGAAGGGUUGGGCUCCCUCCCGGCCUAUCCUCCUCCUGGUCACCUGCCCUUCAUCCAUUCCUACAACCCAGUUAAUAGCCAGUACUCCAGGUUCAUGUUACCUCAUUACCCAGUUGGCUGCAAUGGGCUCAACACCUUCGCUGGCCUUGGUGGCAUAAAUGGCAUGAGCAACUUCAGCCUCUUCCCCAGAGUGUACCCAUUUUACAGCAGCCUCCUGGGAAACAGUGGCCUCUCCCAGCACGUCUUCAACCAGUCGGUUCUGCCCAAUGUGCUGCCCCCCGAAGGAGGCCGGAGGGUUCCGCUCCCGGAACGGCCGAAAGACUUCCUCAUCCCAGCACGGAACAGUGCCUUUUCCAUCGCAGGCUCCGCUGCCAGUCUUAAAGAUAGGCCCACCAGCCCCGGCAACGGCUCCCCGACAGCAGGAACAGCUGCAUCCCACUCCGAACAUCUAAUUCAACACAAACCUACCUCAGCUGGCCUGGUCAGCAGCAGCAGCAGCAGUGAAGAAGCCAUGAAUCUCAUCAAACCAAAGCGAAACCUCACCGGUUACAAAACACUUCCAUAUCCUCUAAAGAAGCAGAAUGGGAAGAUAAAGUACGAGUGCAAUGUCUGCUACAAGACCUUUGGACAGCUGUCAAACCUUAAGGUCCACCUGAGAGUACACAGUGGGGAACGGCCUUUUAAGUGUCAAACAUGCAAUAAAGGCUUCACACAGCUGGCACACCUACAGAAGCACUAUCUAGUUCACACUGGGGAAAAGCCACAUGAAUGUCAGGUUUGCCACAAACGAUUCAGCAGCACAAGCAACCUGAAGACUCACCUGCGCUUACAUUCAGGCGAGAAACCCUACCAGUGCAAGCUGUGCCCAGCCAAAUUCACCCAGUUUGUUCACCUCAAGCUGCACAAGCGCCUACACACCAGGGAGCGGCCUCACAAAUGCCUCCAGUGCCACAAGACCUACAUUCACCACUGCAGCCUGAAGGCUCACCUCAAAGGAAAUUGCCCCAUUGCCCCUGGCGCUGGCCGCUCCUUGGAGGAUCUGCAUCGCUUCAACGAGGAAAUCAACAAGUUUGACAUCAGUGACAGUGCAGACAAACUGGACGACAUGGGGCACAGCGACGAGGUGGAGUCCAUCGUCGAGAAGCAGAUCUUCAGCAUGCUGAGGAGGGAAGUGGAAGAAGCCAGUUUAAAGAACACGUUUCAAAGGAACCUGGGAAACAACCUCCACUCCUCCGGAUGCAACACGUACGAGAGCAUGGACCCACCAGUCCUGAAAAUGACUCACGGUAGCCCACUACCUCUCAUGCCCAUAAAAGUCAAGCAAGAAACCAUUGAACCCAUUGAUCCUUGA